GCAGGGAACGAAAUAACAGCAAUAACAGUGGUAGCAAAGCAAGCCCAAAACAGCAGAAGUCGCCAAACAACCACAACGGACAUGCAAAGAAUUUGGGCCACGGUACAUUACAGACCACGUGACCAAACUAUCAAAUAAGUUGGUAGAAAUGUCUAUCUCUUGAAGGCCGGAGAUGUUGAAGCAAGUGCGAUUGCGGAGAGUUAUACGAGUUGGGCUAUGCUUUGCAGGGACAGUAGCCUUGAUAUGUUUAUUCAUACGCCUCUUCGUACCGCCAAGUCACCACCGAAUAGAUCUUAGAAAAUAUCAAAGCAAUUUUGCCAUCAUGUCUCCUUUGAUAGCACCACAAGUUACUGACUUCGAAGACUUUUUCAUUUUGGUGAUAGUUUCAACUUCUCCCGACGACAAGACUAAAAGAAGGGAUGCAAUACGUCGUACUUGGGGAAAUUGUGACAAAACUCACAUAAAAUACAAAUGGAAAAUUCUUUUCAUGAUGGGUAAAUCGUCGAGUAGCGAUGUGAAUGAAAAAAUAAUGGCAGAACACAAACAACAUGGAGAUCUUCUUAUAGCUGAUUACAUCGACAGGUAUCGAAACAUCACGACAAAACUUCUAGUGGCUUUUAAGUGGGCGACGCAAAUAACAUGCAAUUACAUUCUUAAAACUGACAACGAUGUUUACGUUGAUAUUCCUGAGUUAAUAAAAUGGUUGCUGAAUCGAGGCGAUCGAAAUUCCUUGUACGGUGGGGUAUUGUACAGGGGAAUUGUAGUACGAGAUAGAAGGCAUCGUCAUUACGUAAGUAAGGACGAACUUUCGUUAGACUACUAUCCUACGUUUUGUAAAGGUUCUAUGUACGUUUUGUCGGCGAGUUUACUUCCAAAGAUGCUCGAGUUAUCGAGGCAGGUCACUCGAAUUGGACCCGACGAUGCCUAUGUGGGACUGUUAGCAGAUCAGCUUGGAAUAUCCCCAGUGGGAGUUGAAGGAUUUUUUCAGAAAAGUUUCUUACCCUAUAUCUUCAGGUUUAUAAGUAAAUGUGAGUUGAGAGAUCUCCUUGGAAUUGGCGAUUCACUAACUCCAAGUCAAUUGGACUACAUUCAUGAAGUGAAAUACGCUUCCUCUGCCACUUACUAUCUUUGUAUUUCGGUACUCGAGAAAUUUUUCCUACUUUUAUCAUUUUUAGUCACCUUAACCUGUCUGUUAUUGUUAGGCUGUAGGAGAUUUCCUAAAAGGAAUUCAAAAUUAAAAUGAGAUUUCGUUUGA